AAAGACAGCCACAUGAGCCUUAAAUCUUAAUGAAACAACUCACUGAUUAAAAAAUAUGAUCAUCAUAAUGACUUCACUGGCAUUUGACUAACAUUUCUAAAAUAUUGUUUUUUAUGACACGGCUGCAUAGGCGACAUUUCUCCUCAACAUUCAAAGACCUAAAAAGUUGUUUUUUAUAUUUGUAUUUUUUUAUCUUGAGAGAAAAGCCUGGUCAGAUUUCUUGUCGCAAUGGCGUUUGAAUUGAAGAGCAGCAGCAUCAUCAGGGAAUGGAGCGGACAGGUUCAUCCUGCUCUGGUCGCCUCCUUCGUGUUCCUCUUCUGUCUGGAAGCCUGUCUGUGGGUCAGGAACCUCAGGCUCAAGAGACGACUGCCGGGACCCUUCGCCUGGCCCGUGGUGGGAAACGCCAUGCAGCUGGGUCAGAUGCCUCACAUCACCUUCGCCAAGCUUGCCAAAAAGUACGGCAGCGUUUAUCAGAUACGUCUGGGCUGCAGCGAUGUGGUGGUUCUGAACGGAGACCGGGCCAUCCGUGAGGCACUAAUACAGCACAGCACCGAGUUUGCAGGCAGACCCAAAUUUGUCUCUUUCCAGAUGGUCUCUGGAGGCAGGAGUCUGACGUUUACAAAUUACAGCAAACAGUGGAAAGCACACAGGAAAGUUGCCCAGUCGACCCUCAGAGCUUUUUCUUCAGCAAACAGUCAGACCAAAACAGCCUUUGAGCAGCACGUGCUUGCAGAAGCCUCGGAACUGGUGCAGGUAUUUCUGCAUCACAGCACUGAUGGACGUUAUUUUUACCCCGCUUAUGAGCUCACAGUAGCUGCUGCUAAUUUAAUGUGUGCCCUUUGCUUCGGGAGGAGAUACGGACACAGCGAUGAAGAGUUCAGGACCAUGUUGGAGAGAAUCGACAAGUUUGGGGAAACGGUCGGGGCAGGCAGUUUGGUCGAUGUCAUGCCCUGGCUUCAGUCCUUCCCUAAUCCAGUUAGAAAUGUCUAUGAGACCUUCAAAAGCCUCAACGAGGAGUUCUUUACCUUUGUGAAAGAUAAAGUGGCACAGCACAGAGACUCUUUCAACCCCGAGGCGACCCGGGACAUGAGCGACGCCAUCAUUAGAGGGAUUGAGCACGAACAAGACAGCUUAUUGACCAAGGAGUUCGUUGAAGCAACUGUCGCAGAUCUGAUUGGAGCAGGUCAAGACACGAUGUCGACCGCCAUGCAGUGGAUCAUCCUUCUCCUGGUUAAAUACCCAGACAUGCAAGCCAAACUCCAUCGACUCAUUGAUGACAAAGUGGGGCGAGACCGACUGCCAUCCGUCGAGGACAGAAGCAGCCUGGCUCUCGUGGACGCCUUCAUCUUUGAGACGAUGCGCUUCAUCAGCUUCGUCCCCUUGACCAUCCCUCACUCCACCACAUCAGACGUCACCGUCGAAGGUCUCUACAUCCCUAAAGACACGGUGGUCUUCAUCAACCAGUGGUCUGUCAAUCACGACCCUCUGAAGUGGAAAGACCCGCACGUGUUUGACCCCACGCGCUUCCUCGAUGAAAACGGCGCUCUUGACAGAGACACGUCCGGCAAUGUGAUGAUCUUCUCCACGGGUAAAAGACGCUGCAUCGGUUCCCAGGUUGCCAAGGUGCAGGUGUUUUUAUUCACAGCCGUGUUGCUGCAUCAAUGCACCUUCGAGGGCGACCCCUCUGUGCCUCUUACUCUAGAUUGCUCCUACGGUCUCGCACUGAAGCCCCUCCAAUUUGGUGUCAGAACCAAGCUCAGGGGAAAGCUGCUGGGCACGGGUUCCCCAGCAUGAACAGCAAACUCUUUACCACCAAUGACGGUUUAGAAGACCGAGACUACAGUGUCGAAGAAAACAUCUGGAAGUAAAAUGUAAGCCUGUAGACUGUUGAGAUCAGUGGAAAUCAUUUUAUAUUUGCUUCACAAAAUACUCCAUGCUUGAUGCAACUUUGAAUAAGUGGUGUCCUUGUUUUGACCCAUUAUUGAGCAUGUGAUAUACCUACAUUUAAAGUAUUAUAACUGUAUAUGAAAUAUUCGUGAAUGCUUUUAAUUCACCGAAAGACUUCUUGUUCUCUCACGUGUAAAAACAAAUAUGUUUUAAGUUUGCCGCAUAUUUCAUAUUUUGCAUGUGGCAAGACUAAUGUAAUCACCUAUCUACUGUAUUUAAAGCAUAAGGACAUUUUAAAGGACAAUGGCGAGUGGACUUUACGCUUCAGACUCUUCAGCUUUACUGUACAAGCACUGCAGCGAUGCCCAACGCGUUUCAGCAGAAACAUGUGUGGAGCACAUUUCUCUCACUCGCGAGGCAUUCUGAAACCAUGUUUGUUUACACGAACUCUCUCAAAGCUACAUGGAUGUCAGUGCACUCUCAUUAGGCCUCUGUAUUCAGGAACUGAAGCUAUGGUGCCCAAGGGAAGUGUUUUUUUGUUGUUGUUGUUGUUGUUGUUGCCUGUGUCCAGGCUGAGAAGUCAAAGCAGCAGAAGGUGGAUGUUAAAGCGUGUGAGGGCUGCGUUAACAUUCAAGGUCUACUGAGGCUUCACGCAAAUGGGCAAAAUAAGCUGGAACUGAAAGAAAUAAAGUGAAUUGUGAAUCA